UUUCUCGCUCUUUAAUGGUUUAUCCUUUAAAAAAGAAAUAGUAAAAACAGUAUUUUCGUAAAAUUUGCCAUUUUAUAUAACUUCGUACGUACAAGACAGUAAAUAUUUUUACGAUAGUUGCAAUUACAAAUCAGGUUUAAUUACAGCAUAAGCAGUAUUACAAAGGUUGAGGGGAGGAUUUUGUUAAUGGAGGGGAGUGAGGGGGAGUAUGACUCAGGGUGCGCCACAAUCAAUACCCCCUCCCCCACCAUAUCGACCGUCAAGUCGUCUAGGCUGCCGUGAUGGUCCAUGAUGGACUAUGGAGUGGACACUAUUACACCGGUCGAUUCCCAACAGCCCCAGCAGUCCAAGUCUUGGAUUGGAUUUCCACUUAACCGCACAGAAGGAGAGAAAGAACCAAUAAAGUAUGGCUGUGAAGACCACUGGACUUGGAACAGACACGAUCGAAGUCAUGAGGUGCGGCUGUAUGGGUCCGGCAUGCGAGUGGCACAUUUCCACCCGAACUGGAGCUCAGGGACGGCUGGCGUGCGUGGAACUCGUAUUCUCAACAACGGGCGCUACUACUGGGAGGUACAGGUCUCCCAGCGCAUCUUCGGGACCAGCAUGAUGUUCGGCAUCGGCACCAAGAAGGCAUGCCUACACAAGAACGUUUUCACCAACUUGAUCGGUGAGGACGAGAACAGUUGGGGCCUCAGCCACAAGGGACUGAUAUGGCAUCGAGGAUUGUGGGUACAGUACACGAUCCCCUUCCGUGAGAAUCAGGCCACCACUGUCGGCAUCCUCUUCGAUGGUGUGGAGGGCACGCUGACCUUUUACAAGGACAACAAGUGUCUCGGUGUUGCGUUCAGGAACUUACAGCAAGUGCGAGAGCCGCUCUACCCGAUGGUGUCAUCGACAGCGUGUAAGACGGAGAUGACUCUAUCGUACAUGCGCCGUGACUUUGUUAACCUACAAGACAGAUGCCGGGCUGUCAUAUUGAAGUUUGUAAAGACAAAAGCUGACCUGGACCAACUAGAAUUGCCACCCAUGAUCAAGAACUAUCUCGCAGAAGCUAUCUCUCGGAAUUUUGUGCCGGUGAAUUAUUACAUUUUAAAUGUUUAAGGGCAUUGUAAAUAUUUUGUACAGUGUUUGAUACAGGAAUAAAUGUAUUAUUCAGGAAUGUACGCACAAACCCCAAAAAUUAAUAGGACUGCGUAGAAUAUUUGUUGUUUUUAAAAUGAGAAGGAAUCAAUUAACUCUGUUCAAGAACAUUACAUGAUAUGUAAAUAUUUUUUCUUAACUAGUUAUUGUUUCUUAUAAUGACUAGAAGAAUUAGUAAUUUACAGAUUUCAUCUAUUAAUUAAAGGCAUUUGUGAAUACUUUCACAUAUUCUUGUGCUGUGCAUUUAAUUUUGUGAUUUUAGUUUUAAGGCAUUUGGUUACCUUUGAUUUUGUUACCAUUAUUUCUAGGUUGUACUGAUUUAUUACUUUUAUCAUACGAGUCACUUUAGUUUAUUCAAUUGUGUUACAAAAGUAUACAGUUGAUCUGUCUGUCAGCUUGCUUGGAACAAUUCAUAGAAUUGGCAGCAGGAGAUUAGAACAAAGAUGUUCAUCUCUUACUGGAAAAACCAGACCAGGAGGAGACAGUAAAAAGACAGGAUCUGUUCAUAUGUUUAAAGACAUAACAGGAGCAGUAGUUAUUUCUUCCUGAGCCAUGAGCAGGAUUGUAAAGUUUAACAAGUUUGAUACAAACAUGAUUUAUUGCAGGAAUUUGUUGUUCUCACUAUUUUGGUGGUGUCGCCCUGUAAGCCAGCUAUUUAGAGGUACAGUUUUUGAGGGUGACUUAGUUAGAUGUAUUUAAAUUAAUUUUCAUCCUGCAUCCUACUAAUUUGACAUCUAAUUUAACCUUUUGGGUGAUACAGAGCUUUCAAGAAAUAUCCAAGUUUACCUGUAGCAAAUAAUUUGAAAGUUUAAAUAACCAUUCCUCUUCAAGAACAAAACUAGACCAUUUUUGAUCAUGGUAAAAUAGUGGUUGAGUUCAGAUCAGGGCAGUUUUGGAGUAAGGAACAAUAUUUGUUGUCACAUAACAUGAUAUUUGUUAUGAUGAAAGAACAGUUUAAGUUUUAACACAUUUACUCAUGUUUUUAUAAAUUUCUUAAAUGCACAAGCUCAGAAAAUUUUUUACAUCUAAAUUUCAGGUGAUGAAUAACUGUGCAUUGUAAGUUAAAAAAUCAAAAUUACUUUGGCUACAUUCCAGUACAGGCAAGACGUGAUAGGGAAGUAACUUAUUUAUUUAUUUAUUUUUAGUAACUAAAUUAACUAAUACAAUACAGUAUUUGAACACAUCUCUGUCUAAAAUACGCAACAUGUUUAAUCUUAUUACACUAUUUUAUAAUUCGUCUGUUACUCUGCAUUCUGUAAAUAGGCAUUACCUUAAAACUGACUUUGGAAAAUCCCUUAGACAAAUCUAGUCCUAGCAGCUACAGUAAAACAUUGAGUGUUACUGUUUUAGUGAAUCGUUUAGAAUUAGCGUAAAAUAUGAUUGCUUACUGUCAUAUGAACUUAGCAGUCUGAAAUAAAUGUUCUUGUUGUCAUAGUCGUCUUAUAGUUGAUAAUAUGUUUUCGCUUCCGCAUUUAAUAUGAUGCUUUAGUGUAAAGUGUUUUAUACGAUUAAUUUAAUAUUGUUUGCAAGACAAUAAGCACGAAGUAAGUUACAUUAACUAACCAAAGACGGCUGCAGUAAAUUAAUUCGAGAGCAUUUCCACUUAUGAAAGCUCUAUAGAUAUAUUUUAAUAUUUGAAACACAGAUGAUGGCUAUGUUUAUUGUAAUAUAAUAAGAAAUGCUAAUUUUAUAUCUGUCUAAAUCAUAAGCCAUUGUUUACGGAUAUGUAUAUAAUUGAAUACAUGACUUUAUUCAACACAGUUAUAAAAUAUUAAUACAUACUUCUAGGUGUAUGUGUGUGUGUGUGUGUGUGUGUGUGUGUGUGUGUGUAAAGGCCGGUAUUGACAGUGCGAGGCUGCUCGCUGCGAAUGCCUCGUGCCAUCUGCCUCAGGGUGAGCUCUUCAGCUAGCAUCUAGUUUGUAACCACGAAUGCUCACUGCGAGCACGUGAACCACCCGCAUUCAUAGUGAAGACCGUCGGAACAAUACGUUUUUUUUUCUAGAAAUGCCCAAGUUGCUGCCACUGCUUUUAUUGUGAUGGCGACGAUUAUUAGGAAAAAACAACAGAAAAACGACGUAAACCCCGUUGGUGGAUCAUAAAAUUUAUCGAAAUCGGUUAUCAUUGACUGCGAUAUUUCGCGCCACAAGUCUUCUCUCUUGUUUUUAUUAUAAUAUUCAGGGUGUUUCGAGUCCCACAGUAAACGUUUGGUUUCAUAACACUUCACUAAUUGUCUGAUUAUAUCAUGAUUAUCCAUGAUGACAGUUUCUUUGUGGAGGUUUAUUGGUUUGCAGUGCAGAAUUGUGUCUUGUAUGGUGCGAGGCAGAUAGCGCAGGUAUCCAUUUGACGCACAGCUCGGAGCGAGUCACCUUAGAGCACUGCUCUAAAACCGACAAACACAUGGCUCGCCUAACAUUGUGCGACGCGUACGCCUCAUAGCGAGCAACCCCGGUAUCCAAAGUCCGAGGCAAAGCCGAGCAUCCGCCACGAGGCAUUUGCAGCGAGCAGCCUCGCACUGUCGAUACCAGCCUUAAGGAUGUGCGUGUGUAUGUAUAUUAUUAUUACCGUACAUUAAUUUUAUUCUAAAUGCAAUGGAUGUAAGAAAUAUAGAAGCUGCAUAUGUUCAGAUAUCAAUAUAAUAAGUAUUGCUGCUUUUUUUUGUAAAGAUUUCUACUGGUGCAAUCAGUGUUUGAAAUGGAUUGUCCGGACGAAGUUGUCCUACCCUUAUUCUCAAGUGAAAACACGAUUAGAAAAGACGUGUGUUAGAUAAGUCGCACAGGCCAAAAAUAUACAGUGUUCACCUUAUAAACAGGCUUUGGGUUUGGUUCGAUGAAUAUCACCAUCUGUUUGCUGGUUUGAGAAAAGGUGCAAACAGGCUUUUGGAGUACACCAGAAUGUCAGUUGGCAUUUUUACCAGACCUGAUAAGGCACCUUUGGGAAAAGAAAAUAGUAGGUUUACGACAGCAAGUAAAGCCGAGAAGGGACUAGGUGGAUGUUUCGGUCCAAUAUGAUGGCAAUAUCUUGCAGCCAGUGUGGAGUGUUCUCCAUAUUCACAACUGAAACAUUAAAUUUUGAAUUACCGCUGUAAAGCUCAACACUUAGCAGGCGUAUCAUCUCCAAAGCCUUACUGUAUUUUCACAUUGAAAAACGUAGUCCAAAAGGGACAGUUCUGAAGUAGAGCAUCUUAAAAAUUAAUGACUUUGUUCAUUUUACACUAAUUCAUUCAAAGUAAAUUUAAUAUUGUCCUUAAAUUUCCACCAGAACACAAACAGAUAAGGGAUUAUCUAGUUUCUUUCUUACUGAACUUAAAGAUAUCUUCUGUCCGCAUAUAUUAAUAGCCACCUUGAUUGUUGUCCCAUAAGAACAAUGUUAAACUUCAAAUACCUAUUAUACCCUUAGUUUUAAUUGUGAACUAAUUAGAAAUGUCUCAUUUUAAAAGAUGUGAUGCUUGUCGAAACGCUUUUAGUUUUUCCUAUGUAUUUUUAUAGUUAUUCAGAAGAAACUUCUCAAACUUGUUUGUACUCCAUUGUUGAACUAUUAAAAAUUAUACAUUUUACAAGAAAAACUAAAAGCAUUUGGAUGUAAGUUGUAUUAAUAUUUUUAAAAUCAUGAUUCUACUAAUGAAACUAAGGUUGUAGAAGUGUUUGGUUUUUAUAUUGUUCUUACGAGGUAAAGCACAAUUUCAUUUCAUCACAGCUGGCUGUUACGAAGGUGUUGUAGUAAGUCAUAUAUAUUUUUUCAUCCAUUGCUUUAUCAAGUUAAUAAAAAUUUUUAGUUUUUCAACGUUUAACGGUUUUUUUUCUCUUAUCAAUAAAUGUAAUUUGAAUCAGUUACUAUUUGACAUAGAAUAUUAUAUUUUUGUCCUUUUUCAGUUUUAUAUUUAAAUAUUUGUAUUUUUUGUUUGUUUUAACUUCUCCUGUAUCAGUGUCAAUGUGGGUUACAGAAAAGCAAGAACUUAAUACAGGAGCAAGUGUAAACAAAUUGCAGUUAAGAAUAUGUCAUGUAUAUUGCAAACUGUGUUGUUUUUCAUAUUUUGUUGAUUCACUUUUAUUUAAUUUAGGCUAGAAAUAUAUUUUCUGUACAAUUGUUCGUAGUAUUAUAGUAGUCGUAAUUGUAGGCUACUCAUAUGUCUAAGCCGUGGAUGUCUCCGGUGUGCCAUACAUUGUGCAAUAUUUUACUAUCAUACAUGUUUUGUUACAUUACGUUUGCUUUAGAUUAGAACUUCUGUACUGAAUAUGCUUCUUUUGAUAAAUGACUUCUGAAUCGA